CUUCUUCUUCUUUUAACCUCCAAUUAACAAGGAACAAAUCACUAAUCAAUCAUGGAAAGGAUGAUUAUGGGAUGAUCGAAUUGUGAUAAAACUGAUAAAAGUAAGUUGUAGUCAUGUUGUAGUUCACUUCAAAUUUGUAAAUAUACUACCUUUAUCAUAAUUCAUAUCACCAUAAUAUUAAUGUUUGUUAUUUGAUGAGUCAGUUCCACGUAUUCACCACAAUCGAAUGUUUACUUACCAAAAGUAUUGAAGUAAUCAAAUAUCAUGUCUUCAGUAAAACUAUUGUGCCUCUUUGAUGUAGAUGGAACUUUAACGAAACCCAGGAAUGUAAUACAGACAGAGCUCUUCGACUUUCUGCAAAACCAAGUAAAACCAUUGUGUACACUUGGAUUAGUGGGUGGCUCAGAUUUGAAAAAAAUUGAUGAACAAAUGAAUGGAGAUGUCCUGAACAACUUUGAUUAUGUUUAUCCAGAAAAUGGACUGAUACAAUUCAAAAAUGGAAAAGAAAUUGGUAGACAAAGCAUACAAAAGUUUUUGGGUGAAGAUGUUUUACAAACUUUAAUCAACUAUGUACUGAAAUAUUUGUCCAAUAUAACAUUACCAGUUAAGAGAGGUACUUUUGUGGAAUUCAGGGCAGGUAUGUUGAACAUUUCUCCUAUAGGGAGAUCAUGUUCUCAGGAGGAAAGAGAUGCUUUUGAAAAGUAUGACAAGGAACAUAAUGUUCGCAAAUCAAUGAUUGAAGACUUGAAAAGACAGUUUCCAGAUAUUGGCAUGACCUACAGUAUAGGAGGACAAAUUAGUUUUGAUGCUUUUCCAAAUGGAUGGGAUAAAACUUAUUGUCUAAAGCAUUUAGAGAAUGAAGGUUUUGAUGAAAUACAUUUCUUUGGUGAUAAGACUGACAAAGGUGGAAAUGAUUAUGAAAUAUUCAAUGACAGCAGAGUUAUUGGGCAUAGAGUUGUUGGACCUCAUGAUACAAAAAAACAGUUGGAACAGAUGUUCAAUCUUUAAACCAUUUCUACACAUCAAUGAUUGAUGGAGUGAUUGAUAAAACAUCAUGAUAAACUAAAUAAAAGCUGUAUUUUUACUUAUGUUUAUUUAAAAGUUGAUGUACCAUCAAAUCCAUUGUGAUUCAGCUAAUGUUAUCAGUAAAUAGUAGAUAUACAUAUAUAU